AUGACGACCUGUUCGGUAUCUUUUCUAUAAUUCAAAUUGAAAGAUUUAAAAUUCAGAGUAGAAAAAACAACGAUGUGAAAAACGGUCCCUCACCACAGGAGCCGGAGCGUAAAUUUUCCUUUUUUGGAAGGUUUUAAAUUCCAAAUUUCAGCAGUUCAAGUCCAAGUUCAAGCUCAAGCUCAAGCUCAAAUUCCUCCCGUAAAACCAGUAGAAACGAAGAGUACAGUUGAAACCUCUGAAGUGAGGAUUUUUUUUUCAAAGUCUGAAAUAUCUUCUAAAAAAAGUUUUUAUGACCAAAUUUCAUAGGCAAAGUCGGAAAGGAUGGCUUAGGAUGGAAAAAGGCUCCAUGAAAAUGUUCCUUUUAGGGUGACAAAGGCUCCUUUUUUGCUGCCUCUCCCUUUUCCACCAUUUCGUGGGUCUUUAAAAUCCCAGAAUAAUGAAAGGCUCAAUAAAGAUUCUCAUUUUGCUGCCCUUCUGCGGCCUUUUUUGAGCCUCUCCAUUUGAGCGGCCAUUAUCCACCAUUCCGACCUUGCCCGAGCAACUUGAGGCACCCCUUGAGUGACCACUAAAGUUUCGUUCAGUAGAGAAAAGAAGACUUUUUUGAGUAAGAGUUGACAACAUUUUUUAGAAUCCAACAAUCAAGGAAGAGCCGAAAAAGGAGUCGCAGGAAAACCUGAAGAUUGAAGUCAGAAAAAUGCCGCCGUCUUCGGUUAAACUAGUAUUGAAAGGCGAAAACCCCGAUAAGGAUGAUGAUAAAAGGAUGGACAGAAAGUCGGAAGUGGUGGGUCGAAAUCAGUUACUUGUCAAAUUGGAAUCUCAAAGUUCAGCCAGAAAAGGACAUGAUUUUGGACAAUCAGAACGCGUCGGUGGCUUUCAUUCUGGAGCACGGCACGGAGACUCAUGCCAGCGUUGGUUGAAUCUCCUUUGAAAGAAUAUUCGAUCUUGAAAGAUUUGAUAGGCCUUGAAACUUUAGAGAAUGGCUCGACACGGCGUUUUUUGGCAACGCCUAUUUUUUUCCCGUAAAGUGUAGUGUACAAUGUGCAUGCACUGUGGCGCUCUCGCACAUGCCGCGUUGAAAGUAAUCUUCGCGAAAUUCAAAAUUAUCUUUGAAUUUCCGAAGUUCAGUUAUAUUUUUCAUUUUCUGGCCGCUAUUUUAAAUUUCGCGGAACCACUUUGAACACGGCAACAGAAAAAUUGCGUUUUUUUAAAAUCAGAAAACGAUUCGUCUCGUGACCCAUUGAACGUGCGCCUUUAAUAUUCCCUGUUGUUUACGAUUGUUUCCCAUGACGUCACUUGGGAACAUCGGAGCUUUUGACUCCGCCGCCUUCAUUUUGGUUCCGCUUUUUCUUCCACUAACUAAAACGCCGUGUCAAAGCGUUGGUAGGCAAAGUGCGCCCGACCUUGAACGGUUUUCGACAAGGCUGAAAGAUGUCGGCGUUGAUAAGCGAGCUAAAAAAGCGAGACAGUUACCGCUCCGCGACCGCGACGUAUUGAGCCAUUCUCUGGAUGUUUUUAUUGGUAUUACGAAAAUAUCUUUUGACGUGGAAAAUAAAAUCGUAACUUUAAUUAUUUUGAGGGCGAGUUUGAGCGCCAUGCGAAGAUCGUCAUCGACCAAACGUCCCUCUUCCAAUGGGGCAUGAAGAAACACUACAAUUCGGAUGAGACGAGUUGGCGACACAUGAACAAGAGGAUCCUGCUGUUGAAAAUCGAGGUGAGGUGAGAAGGGAGUCCAGAAGACGUCGUUCAGGGCCUCGACGCCGGCAUCAACACUCGGAGAGCGCGCGAUAGGAAAAAGGAAAAGGCCAAAACCUGCACAACUAAGCUUGAUGCUCUCCUCAAAGUUCCAAAGGUUCGGAAUUUCGCAACCAGAUUGGUGCUUUCAUAACUAACUGAGUGGAUUCAAUGACAUUGUAUGAAGCCGCAAAACUCGUCUGAUCUCUCUGCGCUCUCUUCUUUGAGCGCUCUUUUCAUUGCCCAACCUGUGAGGGAUGAGAGAGCGCAGACAAGUUAGACUGUUUUGAUCUGUAGAAUGAAUUAUUAGCUUUAAAGAACUUUCAAAAAAGUUACAAUUUGUUUUCAGAAAAAGAAGAAGAAAGAAGGAACAGCCGAUUGA